AUCAGGAGUCUAGUUAGUCACAUGACAGAGCUGGGACUCCCCGCUCCUCCUCUCUUCCCCUCUCUCUGUCAGUCGACUGUUUUCUCUGUCUAUCGUUGUGUGUGGGUCUGUUAGCUAACUGCUAGCUAAAAUCACCAUCAAACGCAGGAACGACGUGAACAUGGCGGACACAGCCAGGGACCCUCCACCGGAGCACACCAACUUCCAGGAGCUGGAGGACGGGGAGGACUUGUUCCCGGAACCGGCCGCCACACAGGAGUCGGAACCAGCCAGUCUACCUGCUGAAGACAUCAGCACCAACUCAAAUGGACCCAAACAGGAUUCACUAUUUGAUGACGAUCCAGAGGACCUGUUCGCAGAGGCUACAGAGGAGGUUUCGUUGGACAGCCCAGAGAGAGACAUCCUGCUGUCUGACGGCCCGUCACCUGCCAUCACGCCCAUCACCCCUCCCACCUCCGUCAUCACCCCUCGCAUCAACCUCACCCACGACGACAUGUUCACACACUCCUCCUUUGAUGAGAUUGAAGAGGAGGAGGGUGGCGAUUCAUUCGACAUUCAUAUAUCAGUGUCGGACCCUGAGAAAGUUGGUGAUGGGAUGAAUGCAUACAUGGCCUACAAAGUGACGACCAAGACCACCUUGUCUCUGUUUAAGAGUAAUGAGUUUUCAGUAAAACGACGUUUCAGCGAUUUUCUGGGUCUGCACAGUAAACUGGCCUCCAAGUACCUGCACAUAGGCUACAUUGUCCCCCCAGCACCAGAGAAAAGCAUUGUGGGGAUGACCAAGGUAAAGGUAGGGAAGGAGGACCAGUCGUCCAAUGAGUUUGUCGAAAAGAGGAGGUCAGCCCUUGAGAGGUAUCUGAUGAGAACAGUGAAGCAUCACAUCCUGCUGAAGGAUCCCGACGUCCUGCAGUUUCUGGAGAGCUCAGAGUUGCCGCGGGCGGUCAGCACUCAGGCUCUGAGCAGUGCCGGACUUCUCCGGAUGGUCAACAAGGCAGCAGAUGCUGUCAACAAAAUGACCAUCAAGAUGAACGAAUCCGACGCAUGGUUUGAGGAGAAGCAGCAGCAUUUUGAGAAUCUGGACGUUCAGCUCAGGAAACUUCAUGCCAGUGUGGAAUCUCUGGUCUGUCACAGAAAAGAGCUGUCGGUGAACACAGCGCAGUUCGCCAAGUCGGCAGCCAUGUUGGGGAACAGCGAGGACCACACAGCUCUGUCCCGAGCUCUGUCCCAGCUGGCUGAGGUGGAGGAGAAGAUCGACCAGCUGCACCAGGACCAGGCCAACGCAGACUUUUACCUCUUCUCCGAGUUACUGGGCGACUACGUCCGCCUCAUCACCGCCGUCAAGGGUGUGUUUGAUCACCGGAUGAAGACGUGGCAGAAGUGGCAGGACAGUCAGAUGCUCCUGCAGAAGAAACGAGAAGCUGAAGCCAAAUUGCAGCUCACAAACAAACCAGACAAACUGCAGCAGGCCAAAGACGAGAUCAAAGAGUUGGAGGGGAAGGUCCAGCAAGGAGAAAGAGACUUUGAACAAAUUUCCAAAACCAUACGCAAAGAAGUCAGCAGGUUUGAGAAAGAAAGAGUGAAGGACUUUAAAACGAUCAUUAUCAAAUACCUGGAGUCACUGGUUCAGACACAACAGCAGCUGAUAAAAUACUGGGAGGCUUUCUUACCCGAGGCCAAGGCCAUCUCAUAGAGCCCAUACGCACACACAUCAGACAGUCCUGACUGGCUCUGGUCAAACUACUCUACCCACAAUGCACCUGUCCACAUGUUUCCCCAGAGUGAAAAGAGAAGUGGCUCCGAAUCAGCUCAGAGUGACUUCUUUUGCAGUUAAAAAAAUUUGCAAAAACCUCUUGAAUUCACAGUUUACCAUCUUUCUGUCUUCUUUUAUUCUUUCUGCUGAACUUUCUGCUGCAUUCACAUCUCCCAUGGGAGUCAUUGUUUUUCUCCUGGCUGACCAUGUCAACAAUUUAAGAAGUUAAAGAACAAAGUCAGAAUCACCUGAAAAAACUGAAUACCCAUGUGGGAAAUUCAAUAAUCCGAAACCUGCAGUGAGUCUUAUUUUCAAACUGGAAGCUCCUAAUCCUGUAUGACACAAACGUUGCACGAUUUAUGACCGUGAUGGCUUUCCUCUCUGCACGGACAGAUUCUAAUAUGGUGUCAGGAUUUACAACUGGAGCACUUUGUUAAUUUAUUUUCUCCCCAGAUGGAGGUGAAUGGGUGAAAGGAGAAGUGGGUGGAGAAAAUCACAUCAGUAAAAUUAUAUUUGAUAUUAAUGUUUUCCAAUAAUGACAGAUAUCCGGAUUCUUCAGCGUUUCAUCUUUCGAUGUAUGGAAGCACAUUCUGCCAUAAAGUGAAAAAGAAAAAAGAUGAAAAGUUAGCAAUGAUAAAAAUAAAAAUUAUUAGUGAAAGUCAAAAUGAUGUGAUACUUAAAUCAGAAUAAAAGAGAGGUUUAAAUUCUGCCAAACUGAAGUCAAAAUUAUGAGACACUAAAUGCCUUUAUCAGAAGGAAAUAUUAAUAUCACUAAUAAUAUACAUGAUAAUAUUGUGUAAGUCAAUUCUUCAUUUUCAUUUUUUUUCAGUUAUCGCUGUGUCAUAGUUGACACAUCUAUUAGCCAUGCAAAAAUAAUGUUGGAGGAGACAUGUGGGAAACUGACAUAACAAUAAUAAUAAUAAUAAUACUAACAUUAACAAUAAUGAUAAUAAUAAUAAUAAUUAGUAAUAGUAGCAGUAGUAAAAGUCUUAGUUUUAAAUAAUAUAAUAUUAUUAUUACAUAUUCUAAAUUCUCUAGAUACUGUUAAUAUCAUGAAUUCCUUCAGCCACUAUUCAUGUAGUGAAAAUCUAAUAUCAUGGCAGGCAGACUGCGUUGAAAUACUUUGUGGACCUUAAGUGGUCUGCACUGUCAAGACUGAUCUGCUAUGCUCAGGUUCACCAUCAACUGAUCUGUCUUACCUUGAGAAUAUUUAUGUUAAUCAUUACUGACUUUUCCUCUAGUUUUUCUGGCUAGAAAGGGCUUCCAUACAUGGUCCCAUAAUACUACAGUACCCAUGAGUCUGUGUAACAGUGCGACAAGAUUAGAGUCAAAGCAGUGAAGUCAGAGUUGUAGCAUAAAAAGAGAAUCUGAAGUUCUCUCACUGGAUGUGUCUUGCUGCAGUGUUCUCUCGGAAUUGUGGUUAACUUCUUGCCUAAUGCAGCCUUGAAUCCUUUGACUUUUUUAAUGAAGCAAAGAUGUUUUCCACUCUGUCUGUCAGUGAUUUAAACCAGGGUUAUUAGCUAUUGACUUUAUCCAUGAAUAACAUUUCUACAUCACUGGAUUGGUUCCUUUAUCCAGUAGUUGUUAUGCUAACAGCUUUUUUUAAGAACAGAACAGCAAGUAAGUGUGGGAACUUUGCUCCACUGAAAUCCCUGAAACAAACUUAAACCCACAAUAUGCUUUUAUUUUGGGAGUUUGGAAUGUGAGCCGUGAAACUGAUCCAGAGUCACUGAUGAAGGACGACUGACUGCAUUCUUUGCGAUUUUGUGUCUUGUACUUCCUAUCACCUGUUCGCCUCAUUUCCCUCAUGUCUUUUUUUUGUUGCCGUAUGAUCGUGAGUGAAGGCAACAUUUUCUGUUUUGCUCUCUUUGAUCGAAUGACAGCACAGAAGGAAGAACCUGACUUUUUGGUUCAAUUCAUGGCUGCAGUCGGAAAAAAAUUUCUGAACCUAGCAAAAGCUCUUUUUGUUUUUUGUUUUGUGGAUCUCUCUUAACCUGAAAAACCUUAAUAUUCUUAGUUAAUAACAUUAAACACUCAUACUGAUCAUAUUUGUGCUGGCAAAGAAUUCAUGAAAAAGAAAGCCAAAUCAAAUCCAAGUGUAAACGCUGAUGAAGUAAGCACUCAAACCAGCGCCGAAGCUAAUUGGAAAUCCAUUUAACAAUUUUAGCAAUCCUCGAAGCGUUGGUGUUUUUUUUUUUUCCCCGUCCUGUUUAAAUCUAAACUAAAUUUGUUCAAAAAUAAGUUAUUUAGACACCUUAAUUACAUUUGGCUACAGUUAAAUCAGCACCUAACAAGGACCUACUUCAAACUGGCAUACAGUCAUUUCAAACAACCAUUAUGUAGAAGUUGUUUUUUGUGAGAUUUUGCACCCCCGCAGUUCUUGAGCGCAACACCGCCAUUGUAAAUACAUAUCCAAGGUUUCUGUAGAUGUAAACACUAAUUACAAACUACAGUCAUUAUAAGGCAUUGUAACGUUAUGUCCUGAAAACAUUGGUCUUUCAGUAAACUUGCAUGUUCAGACACUUUUUGCAGUAUGCAACUCUGAACAAAAUGUGAACUAGAGAUGAUAUGCUGUUGACACCUGGCUAUAACAUGCUGUCUGCUGAAAUGGACUGACAUGGCAAGUCAGUUGAGAGCUUUGCUAAAACAGCCAAACAUCAUUUAAGUGUGACAACAUGAGACAUAACUUUAGCAAGCAGCGGAUAUUAUUUACUAGUCCAACAGCAAGAAGUCCAGCUCGGCAGUUGUCUCGCUGCCUUUUAUUUUGAGAGGUACUCAUAGCUUCGUUGUAGGUCUUUCUUCAUAAGUGCUCAGGUGAGAGGAAAAAUCUCCACUGCGUUGCAUUCCUCUAAUUAUCAGUUUUGUUUCUCUGUUUGAACAAGGCCUUAAGGGGCAAGAAAGGGUUUUGUCGUAAUUCCAGAUCUGAUUUGGAAACAGUUCUGUGUUUGGGCAGUCCUCACUGAUGGCUUGGUUCUUCAGUCCAAAUUGGAAGAAUCUGACCAAAACUAGAAACUGAAAUACAAAUAGUCAUUUCAAAAACACUUAACUGAGCAACAGUUCAGAACUGAGAAUGAAGACUUGCACUGUGAACAGAUCCUUGGUAUUUUCUUUCUCCUGUCCCUGUUCCUCAAAGAGCAGACUUUGAGUUUUGAAUUCAUGUUUUUGAAUUUAAAGAAAUCAAGUGGCUUGUUAGUAUCUUAAGCAUGUUCAGUUUUGACAGCUUGUGAUACUUACGAGCUGUUCCUCAGUGAAGGAUUUCCUGUUGAAAGACGCUGAACUGAAGCUGCAAUUCAGCGUCGGUGUGUUUUCAGGUGUGGAGGAAGUGAGUGUCCGUCAGGUAUCAGAGUGUGUGUCCGUCCAGAGAGCAGCCUUAGACUGUGAGGAUUAUUUUUACUGGCUGUUUCUCUUCUAUCUGAUCAGUGUGAGGGCUACAUAAUCUGUAAUUGAUUUGAUUUGCUGAAUUUAAAGCCCACUUCAUUAUCAGAAUAAAAUCCAACAUCCUGAAUCUGUCAGAGAAAAUAGAAAUCUGACAUUUUUCAAUUCUUAUUAAGGUUGAAACAAAAAAAUUGAAAUAUACAUAUA